UCAAAUUCUGUCAUGUUCACGCAGAUAUUGUUUGUCACAUCAACUCUAACCAGGAAAAAUCAGUGUUAUAAGUGCUUCUCAUAUGGACAGUGAUGGCUUCAGACACAUUCGUGGGAUCUAGAGGAGAGAGACGUUUGCGGCAUAAGGAAUUUGUUUACCCUGUUGUUGUGGGCACUUGCGCGUUCUACUUAGGCAAAAAGGCAACAGAGACACAGUCCCACAAAUGGUAUCUGUACGUCAGAGGAGUAAGUGGGGAAGAUAUCGGUCACAUCGUGAAGAAGGUGGUCUUCAACCUCCACCCAACCUUCCCAAACCCCACCCGGGAGGUUACUGUACAUCCCUUUGAGAUCGAGGAACACGGCUGGGGCGAGUUUGAACUCAAUGUCACGCUGCACUUUGCGGAUGAUGCACAGGAGCAGCCAGUGGAGAUUUACCACAAGCUCAAACUUUACUCCGAGGUAGACCCUACCAUUCAGAGCACAAAGAAGCCGGUUGUCAAUGAGCAGUACGAAGAGCUCAUCUUCAGUGAGCCUGUCGAGGCGUUUUACCAGCGAGUGUCCAAUUACACCCCUCCAGUGGCCUUCCAGCCAGUUAUCGCACCGCACUUUCGCACAUAUGAGCCUGCGGAUGAUCUCCAGAAGAUCAACCAUGCCCGGCAGAGAGUGGCGCAGCUGAUGGCCACCACGAAACGUCAGUUUGACUCACAUGCCUGAAAUGCCUUUCAAAGUCUAGAAGGAUGCUGUUGAAAUUCACGUCAUGCAGUGUGCUUCCCUUCCAAAGAAUGUAUGUUGAUCAGAGCUGGUGAUGUAGUGAGCUCAUCAGGGACAAUCAUAGCACUAGCAGCAUUCUGUGUGCGCAUGCACCGUGUUGACGAUGGUUGCAGAC